UGCCCAUGUACGCCAUCGCCCUGAAACCCCUAAUGGACAGAGUUAACCAGUCCGUAGAAGUCACCCAGGCAUGGUACGCUGAUGACGCUGCUGCCACUAGUGACAUCCCUGCUCUUCACAGAUGGUGGGAGGAGCUGACCAACAUUGGCCCUGCCUAUGGAUACAUGGUCAACGCCUCUAAAACUCAUCUGAUAGUAAAAGCCAGCCAACUCUCAGAAGCCCAAACAACUUUCGAAGACACACAAAUCAACAUCACCACAAUUGGGAAACCACACUUAGGAUCCCCUCUUGGAAGCCAGGAAUUCACAGAGUCAUUCGUCAGAGAUAAAGUGCAGACCUGGUCAGAGGAACUGAAAAAAUUGUCGAUCAUUGCGAACACCCACCCUCAAGCCGCUUAUGCCGCUUUCACCCACGGCAUUGUAGGUAAAUGGACGUACCUAGCGAGAACCACCCCAAACAUUGGCCCACUGUUACAACCACUGGAAGACAUCAUAAGGACAAAAUUACUCCCAGCCCUGUGUGGAAGAGCAGCCCCCAAUGACACAGAAAGGGACCUGCUGGAACUUCCAGCUAGGCUAGGUGGAAUAGGGGUCAUCAACCCAACAACUCUGUCAGACUCGGCCUACUCUGCCUCCAAACAAAUCUCUGCGCCCCUCUACAACCUCAUACUAAACGGAAGCCUGGACUAUACACACGAGGCUCUCACAGAGCAGUUUACAGCAAAGUUAGAGGUCAAAAAAAGAAAAAGGGAGCUAAACGUCACUUCUGCAGACCAGCUCAAGUCAAACCUACCACCUAACCUCCAACGAGCUAUGAUCUUAUCCCAGGAAAAGGGAGCCUCAAACUGGUUAACAGUACUACCUGUGGAAGAAUUUGGCCUAGCACUGCACAAAGCUGCCUUCAGAGACGCACUAGCACUCAGAUAUGGGUGGCAACCCAAUGGCACCCCAAUCACAUGCGCUUGUGGCACCAACUUCUCAGUGGAACACGCGUUAUCAUGUGCCAAAGGUGGCUAUCCCUCCAUAAGGCAUAACGAGAUCAGAGACUUCACGGCCAACCUCAUGUCAGAAGUUUGCCACAAUGUCGCCAUAGAACCACAUCUACAACCCAUCACCGGCGAAAUUCUGUCAGGUGCAUCUGCCAAUACACAAGAUGGUGCCAGAUUAGACGUGGCAGCAGAUGGUUUUUGGGGAAGCAGGUUUGAGAGAGCAUUUUUUGAUGUUAGGGUGUUCAACCCGUACGCUCCCUCAAACAGGCAACCGCAACUAUCCACAACCUACCGCAAGCACGAAAACAUAAAGAAGAGAGCCUAUGACCAACGAAUCAGAGAUGUAGAAAACUCGACCUUCACUCCCCUCAUCCUGUCAAGUACUGGGGGCCUUGGACGUGCCGCUACCUCCACCUACAAGAGAUUGGCGUCUCUCCUGUCAACAAAAUGGGAUCAGCCCUACAGCACCACCAUGGGAUGGAUCAGAUGCAGGCUGUCCUUCUCUCUCCUCAGAUCAGCCAUCAUGUGCAUUAGGGGGGCCCGAUCAAGCCAAGGGCACGCCACCAGACAGCCCCCUAUCGACCUAGUGACAAGCGAGUCCCUGGUCCCACCACACCCAUGAACUAACUACACAUGACUUAUUUGCCUGCAUGAUUCCUCGUUAUUAUUAUUAUUAUUCUUUUGUACAUGUAAUUCUUCUUA